CCCCCGGGAGCACCAGUUCUACAAGAGCCUCCCUGCGGCCAUGCGCAAGUUCACCCCGCAGUACCGAGGUUUCUUGUUGGUGUUGGAUUCUGGACAAGAAAGGUCUGGGUUUGAUCCUCACAACAUCUAAAGAUAAGCUGGAGUCUGAAGAGGAGAAACAUGACCUCUCUGGAUGAUCAUUAAGACUGAACGAACCAUUAGCAGCAUCUAAUUCUCCUCUUUUUAUUUUUUAAAGGAAAUAUAUUGCAUGGCAUGACAUGUUCAUGUGACCAGCACACAGCGACAUGGCUUUAUUCAUGCACACACUGCGCACAUAUCCUGUAAUGCUCUGCCUUGAAACCGGACUGUUCCCAGUAACAACGCUUACAUUACAGCUUUCACUUCCUACCUUUCUCUUCUGCUGUUGUACAUAAUCUGAAUGUAUAGCAUUAUCAUGCUUAGUUGGAAAGAUAUCUGCUGCUGUAUGUUUAGCAGUCUUUAAUUAUAUCCGUGUCUUACCGCUGUUAUGAUCCGAGGAGCGUGUACCCAAAUUUGCCAUCAUUUAAAAUGUAUUGUGCUUCUUCUCUAGCUCUCUGAAUUUGUAUGUCUCUCAAGAGCUCUCUCUAUUUUUAUCCCCCCCCCCGCAGUGUUUUAUCUACCGUAUUUAAACCAGACCGAGUGUAGCUUACAGGACUUAAGUUAAAGUACUGGACUGGUAGAAUUGGGGAUGCAAAGAUUAGAGAAGCAGGCAGAGCUGGGAAAUGUAAUUGGCUUUAAGCUCACCUCCUCUAAGAGACUUUAAAAACAAACAAAAAAAACUUGACCCUUUUGUUGUAAUAAUUAUGAACUGGUUGCACUCUGCCAUCAUUUCUUUUCUUUUACUGAAACUUUUUUGUUGUUGUUGUUUAUGUACAUUUUGCUUGUAUAUGAACAAUGGGUAUAAUAUUUAUUAUUUGUACAAAAAGAUGCAGAAAUGCCCUGUGCAAAAAAAAUCUAUAUUUUUUUACCAAAACACAUCAUGCUUGUUUCUUGAAUGUGAUUUUUCGAUUUCUUUUCUUUUUUUUUUUUAUCUUUAUGGCUUUUUUUUGGGUUUCUUUAGCAGGGGAUUUCUGUGAACACUUAUGUACUUGCUCUUUUUGGUUGAGUUUGAUUUAAUAAAUCGUUUGGUUUUCAAGUUUUCCGCCUUGUGUCCUUUCUUGCUGGUAUAAAUAAACAAUCUCUUGUUAAUGCUUUUGGUGAAGAGAAUGUAUAUUUCCGCAGGCAGAUGAAACAUCUAUAUUGUGGCUUUUGUUCCUUACCCCACACCCGAUUCUCUUUGUUCCUGUCUUUUUUUUUCUUCUUCUUCUUUUUCUUUCUUCCCCUCUGUACCUCUGUUUUCUGCACACAUCUCUUUCCCGUUCUGUGUUUUGGACUUGUCUGAUCUCUAUCAGGUUAACUGAGGGCUGUGCAGGUGGCUCUGUAACUUUUGUAAAAUGCUGGAAAGCUUGUAAGAACGUUAAAAAAAAGACUGGAGUGGGUAAGAUGGCUCAAGAUUUCCCAGUCUGCCUAUUUUUGAGCUGGGAAGUCUGACUCUGGUUGUUUUUUUUUGUUUUGUUUUUUUGUUUAGUUUGUGAAAUUAACUUCUCUAUCUUUCUUUUCCUCUUUCUGUAGGGGUGGUGUCAGUGAGCUUCGAGGAGGAUGAGGAGGGUAAUCUGUGUCUCAUCGCCUACCCGCUGCACAGCGACCUGGGUGAUCUGGAGAAUGUGGACCCCUCAUCCGACCUGGAACCUAAGAAUAAGAUGAAGUGGUCCAAAAAAAUGUUGCUGGAUAACGAAGGCUACAGCAAGGAAAGGGCCAGACACUCACGCAAGGACAAAGACAAGAGUUUGAAGCGGGAGGAGGAGCUGGAGUGGUUCCAGCAGGCUGAGGUGCUCUAUUAUAGCCUGGAGAGGAGUAAUGCUGCUGCACCACAGCUCAAGCACAACCCCUGGAGCCUCAAGUGCCACCAGCAACACCUGCAAAGGAUGAAGGAGAACGCCAAGCACCGCAACCAGUACAAGUUUAUCCUGUUGGAGAACCUGACAUGGCGUCACACGAUGCCGUGUGUUUUAGAUCUGAAGAUGGGCACACGGCAGCACGGUGACGACGCGUCCGAGGAAAAGAAAGCCAUGCAGAUCCGCAAGUGCCAGCAAAGCACAUCGGCCAGCAUCGGGGUCCGUCUCUGUGGCAUGCAGGUCUACCAGUCCGACUCGGGUCAGCUCAUGUUCAUGAACAAGUACCACGGGCGCAAGCUGACAUUAGCUGGUUUUAAGGAGGCUCUAUUCCAGUUCUUCCAUGACGGCCGGAGGUUGCGGCGUGAGCUCCUCUCCCCCGUGCUGCGACGUCUCCGAGAAAUGCAGGCCGCCCUGGAGGCAUGCGAGAGUUACCGCUUCUACUCCAGCUCACUCCUCAUUAUUUAUGAUGGAGACCCGCCGUGCUCGCGCCGCUCUACUGAGGACCGCCUUUCCGAUGAAGAGGGAGAAGAAGAAGAGGAGGAGGAAGAAGAAGAAGAAGAGGAGGAGGAGGAGCAAGGCGCUUUUGGGUUUCCUCACAGCACUGGAGGAGCGUGUGGGAGCAGCAGUAGUGGUGCUAGCAGUGGUGCGAACAGCAGCACUGGGAACUCCAGGCCUGCGGUGGAUGUGCGAAUGAUUGAUUUUGCCCACACCACAUGCCGGCACUUUGGGGAGGACAGUGUAGUGCACGAAGGCCAGGACACAGGAUACAUCUUUGGCCUACAGAACCUCAUAACCAUUAUCUCACAGUUAGAGGAGCACAGUGCCGAUUGAACUUGGGCUUUUGCUUGCAAUAUUUAAACACAAAAAUAUACAACCUAACUGCAGAUUGUGAGAUUAAAACAAUGGGAGUUUGACUGUGUCAGUCUCUCUGUCAAAUACCAUUGUCUCUUUUUUUUUUUUUUUUAAAAAAGCUUUUCUUUCUUUCUUUCUUGAUUUCUUUCUUUCGAUCCGUUCAGUGCCCAUAAAGGGGCGUUAAGCAAGUUGCAAGGUUCUUUUCUGUCUUAUGUUGGUUUUCCUUUUUCCUGUUUUAUAGAGGAUUAAAAAGGGUUAAAAGGGGAGAAUACUGGCGACAUGACAGUGGUUUGUUUACUUGACUGGUAGCCUUCCUCACAUCGCCCUCUCGCCCUCUCGCCCUCCCCCUCAAGUUUUACAUCCCUACAUUUUCUAAAAAGCAUUUACUGGCAAAGAAAUGACAAAGUGUAAAUAAUCUAGAAUCUGUGAAUCUAGUCCUGUCCAUUCCAGAAGAAUGAUGUAGCGCUUCAGAUUGCACUCGGUUAUUUGCUCGUAUGAGAGUAAACGGAAGGUGGAGAAAGGUUGCUUUGCUUUUCAAUAAGAAAUGACCACUCUUACAACUUUUUCCACUGUAAAGAGAGAAAUAUAUUCGAGUAAGCAGUAGAGGCACACAGAGACUAUAAUAGAGCUUUUAUUUAUUUGACAUACUGUAUUUCUUAUAUAAACUAAAAAAAAAAAUACAAAAACAAGUGGUGACAUGAAAACUACAUUCCAUGUUAUUACGAUUAUAAUGGUUAUAAUAUUAGUAUUUGACAUGUUCAAAUACCUGUUAUGUCAACAGUAUGUUGGAGGAGAAAUAAAACUGUUUUUUGUUAAAUGUGUUAUUUGGUUACUUUCAUUAUAAUGUAAAUAAUUUUUACAAGCCUUGUAAGACUAUACAAAGUUGUACAUGGCAUGGGAAGGAACUGUUUAUAACCUUUUGUUUGUAUUGCUGACAUGGUGCUACUGUGUUGAUCAUAUGGUUUGAAAUAUAAUUCACAUGGCUACAUUGCUUAUAGCAGCAACACUAAUGUUUAUGAGGGUCAAGGUCAUUUUAGAAUUGGCUGUGACACUGUAGUUUGGAAUAAUGAGGAUGUAAGCAAACAGUAGGCUGUGUGUGUGUGUGUGUGUGUGUGUGUGUGUGUGUGUGCAUGUACACAUACACACGUGCGUGCACACACACACGGCUAAAGACAGCCUACUGAUAAAUCUUCCAAAAAAAUUUAUGCAACAUAAAACAAAGGCAACCUGAGUAAACA